AUGGGCCCAGAUCCGUGGGACUACGUUAAUAAUGUAAAUACGAUGAAAAUCGAAGAAAAUGUGCCCCCAGACCUUAAAACUCUUCCUUCAAAGAAACCCCAGACUAACAAUAUAGGCGCAGGAGAAUGGUUUUACAAAAGAAUUUUAGCCAUUGUUUUAAAAGGCGGACAAAUAAAGAAAAACGAAGAUGGAAGCAUUGAUGUUGCCUUACAAAUGAAUUACAGUCCUGAGAAAUGGAGUACACUUGAAGAUUAUAUUAAAUCUAACACACCUCUCUCAGAAGAUAUGUUUAGGCGUUCUAUGGGUUAUGUAGAGGAUGCUAUAUAUAAGCCAACUAUUACACAAAAAAUUGCUAUGGCAUGGAGUGAAUAUAUUCAGUACUAUUUAAUUGAAUAUAAGAUGCAGAUAACCUGGGCUACAAGUAUUAUAGCAGGAGUUCUUACAAUAUUUUGGUUAUGGAAACAUUUAUCUCACAAGCAUGUAAUAAUGUUUAUGAUUUUGGGAUUAUACCUCUAUGAGGUGUUUAUUUCCUACAAAGAAGCUGAAAAGCAAGAAUUAGACAAAUUUUUGACAGCUGUUAAUUCUUGCAAGUGGUAUAUUUGGUCAUCUAAUUGUGAAGUGCCACCUCCUGAUCCACUUAUCUUCUUGAAACACAUGAACCCACUCAAGAUUGGCAUAAGGAUGUUUACUACAUUGCUCUCAGAACCAAUGAUAACUAUAAAUGAAACUAUUAAAACUAUUUUGCAUGGUGUAACUGAUGGAUUAUGGUUUCCAUUUGAUAAAUUAAUUUUAAAUUUUUUGGGUAUGAUAAACAUUGGGUUAAAACAGCGUAAAAGAUCCAUACAUAAUAUUAUCAGUGAACCAUCACAAGGAUCAAGAUUGGACAAUGGAGAUAGAAUAAGUGGUGAAAAUUUAACAAAAUUUUUAGAUGUUUACACAAAAGCGCUUAAUACAGUACAAUCUGCACAAUCAGCAAUAAGUGAAAGAUGGCAGCCUAAUUCUAAGUUGUCAAUAACAUGUAAGCCUAAAAUGAAAAAAUCAGCAAGUACAGGUCGACUGCCAACUUAUACAGAUUCUAAUGAAUGUCUAACAAAUAAUGGGAGAGUAAAUUGCAAUGGAGGUGGUGAUACUGGU